AUGGCCGUAGCUGCUUUAAUUAAUUACCUGCGUGAUCUUCGCCCGUCGAUCGCAAUCGCUGCAAGCUUGGUACUAUUCUUGGCUGCAUGGACAGCUCUCUCAACAUGGCGACAAUAUAUUCGACUGCGACAAUUCAAGGGUCCUACUCUUGCAGCUUUUUCGAAAUGGUGGCUAGUAAAAAAAGUCGGCGGAGGUAGAGCCUAUCUCGACUUUUGGGAGGUCACCCAGAAAUACGGUACCAUCGCUCGAGUCGGACCAAACGAUCUCCUUACCGACGACCCAGACCUGAUGAAACACAUCCUCAACGUUCGCACCGAAUACCGUCGCUCGGAUUGGUACGACGGAAUGCGCUUCAACCCUGGCAACAACAAUAUCCUCUCCCAUCGCGACGAAGACGAGCACUUCAAGCUAAGAUCUAAAAUGUCUGCUGGCUACGGCGGUCGCGAAGUGGAAAAUCUCGAACCCAAGAUCGACAAGAACAUUCUCUCAUUUAUAUCGCUACUCGCAAAAUACGCCGAGGCAAAAAAGCCCAUGGAUCUCGGCCGGCGGGCGCAGUUCUUUACGCUCGAUGUCAUCUCGGACCUAGCAUUUGGCGAGCCAUUCGGCUUUUUGGAGACAGACUCGGAUGUAUACAAGUACAUACAAAUUACAGAGGAGACGUUACCUGCCGUUAUGGUGACCACUGUCAUUCCCUGGUUGGUCAAGAUUUUGAGUUCGCCCUUGUUUAAGAGUCUCUUGCCUUCCGAGAAGGACAGGCUUGGAAUUGCUAAGAAAGUUACUGCUGAACGCUUUGGUCCUGAUAAAAAGGUUCGCAAGGAUAUGCUAGGUUCUUUUGUGGCCCACGGUCUUACCCAAAAGGAGGCCGAGUCUGAGAUUCUGCUCCAGAUCGUUGCGGGAUCAGAUACAACAGCCACAGCUAUUCGUUCAACUAUGCUACAUAUAAUAACCAAUCCCAAUGUGUACUCCAAACUCCGCGCUGAGAUUGCAGGCACACACUACUCAGAACCCAUCAUCCCCGACUCUAUAGGUCGUGAUCUUCCCUACCUUCAGGCUGUCAUCAAAGAAGGUCUGCGCAUCUUCCCUCCUGUCGCAGGUCUCAUGUCCAAGCAGGUCCCUCCCCAGGGUGAUACCUGGAAGGGUCAGUUUAUCCCUGGUGGAACCAAAGUUGGCUAUUGCGCAUGGGGAAUUUUCCGACGCGAGGAUAUCUGGGGUUCCGACGCUGGCGAGUUUCGUCCUGAGAGAUGGCUUGAGAGUGAUCCUGAAAAGUUAAAAGAAAUGGAGGGUGCGUUGGAGUUGAUUUUCAGCUAUGGGCGAUGGCAGUGUCUUGCUCCUUCGCAGAUUUGA